AUGGCGGCGCGAGCGAACUUCCCGAACGCACACAGCGACGGCAUUUGGAGCACAUUUUGGACGUCCAAUGACAAGAUUUUGACUGGAUCCGUGGACGAAGUUGCCAAGUCCUGGGAUGUGACGGAGGAUGGCGUGUCCAUUUCGCAGCAGUAUCCAGGUCACGUGCUGGGCACGAUCUCCAUCGUAGGAAACAAGGCGGGCACACACGCUGUCACCAGCUCUUUGGACUGCCAGAUUCGCGUGCUUAAUCUCGCGUCGGGUGCCGUGGAGAAGACCAUCGAUGCUGGUCCCGGUGAACUCUGGCAAGUGGCCUACAGCCCGGAUGAGACCCAGCUCGUAUCAGGUAGCCAGCAGGGCAAGGUCAAUUUCUUUGACCUCAAGGCGGAGAAGAUCGUGCAGGAAAUCGCAACUUCGGCCAAAUUUGUGCUUAGCGUCGCUUACUCCCCAGACGGUAAACAUGUUGCAUGCGGUGGAUUCGACGGCUUUGUCGGGGUCUACGACGUCGAGACCGGAACUUUGGUCCACAAGUACGAAGACCGUACGAAGCCUGUGCGCUCAGUGGCAUACUCGCCUGAUGGAAAGCUGUUUGCUGCGUCGGAUGACAUGCACAUCAAUGUCUAUGAUGUGGCCCACGACAAUGCUGUUGCCACUCUGUCCGGUCACGUCUCAUGGGUGUUGAGCGUUGCCUGCUCGCCUGAUGGCACACAGUUUGCUACGGGUGGAGCAGACCGCCGUGUGAAGAUUUGGGAUCUUGGCACACGACGUUGCUUGACGACUUUCGAUACGCACACGGACCAGGUGUGGAGCGUUGCGUACAACUCGACCGGAUCGCGACUAGUGUCGGGUGGCGAUGACGCGCUUUUGCAAGUGUACGAGACGGCUAAGUCUCCUCCAUUAUAGUCUGGAGAAUCAAUAACACAUUGACAGUCGGACGAGCACGUUGCUGUCUCUUGA